UAAUAAAUGAAAAAAUAUGAUUAUAUAAAAGGUAUUCAAUAUCAUUAAAAAUUGAUCACAUUAACAUGUGUUUUAUGAAAAAAAUAUUUACGAGGGUAGUUUGAAAAGUCCGUGCAAAGUCAAAAAGAUAGCACUACUGGUGCGUAUCGAGGUUAUUUUCAAUUAGUAGCAUCUCUUGGAAAAACACACACCAAGUUUCAGCCAGAUCGGACUAUUUCUUUGUGUUUGGCAUUCGUUUGAAUUGAGGAAGUUGAGUGAUUUUCAAAAAAUGGACGAAAAAGAAUUUUGUGUGUUGAUUAAACAUUAUUUUAUGAAAGGCAAAUCGUCUCAGGAGACUAAAGAGAAGCUUGAUAAACAUUAUGGUGACUCUGCACCUGCAAUUAGAACAGUUUAUAAGUAAUUUCAAAAUUUUCGGAGUGGCCAUAUGGGCACAAGUAACGCUAAACGUUCUGGACGCCUUGUUGAGGUCACUACUCCAGAAAUCAUUGAUAAAAUUUAUGAUAUGCUGGAUUUUCGACGUCUGCGCCUACGGUCAUAUGUCAGUGCUGUGGGCAUCUCGAAUGAACAAACACAUAAUAUUUUGCACCAACAUUUGAGCAUGAAAAAGCUAUCCACAAGAUGGGUGCCGCGAUUGCUCACGAUUGACCGAAAACGAAAUCGUGUAAGGUAUUGCAAGGACGGUUUGCAGUUGUUGCAGCGGAAUUCACAGGACUUAAGCGUCGUUUCAUCACUAUAGAUGAAAUAUGGAUACACCACUAC